AUGGCCAGAAAUCGAUCAAUGGUAAAAGUAACCAUCAACCAUGCUGAACAAUCAGUAGCUGUGCAGAGGAUUGCAUCAUGGACACUACACACUGGAGUGAUGAACGAGAAGGUUUCUGAGAAGUUAAUUCCAGCAACUCUGUUUAACAUUACAGCAGUUACCACGACCAGGAGAUCUGCCAUCGCCAUGAACAUCAGUCCAGCUAGGAGCUUCCGUCUCCCCGAGAAGCCUUCACCUUCCAGACUGUGCAAAUCAUCUGCUGCACGAGGAAGCAGCACGAUGGGACUCCUUCUUGUCCUUACACUGUGUGUCUAUUUGCCAAGAUCUUUCUGUCAGUCAGUGGUACAGACUCCACGAGCAGACACCAAGGAAGAGUGCCAGUCUCUCAACAUCAACUGCGUUUUCUAUGGUGGCUUCUUUGCAUCUCCUUUGAAGCGGGGCGAAUUCUUCAGACAAACACAGACUGGAACCAAACGAGAGCGGAUCUUGUCAGGAGGACGAUUUGUUGUGAGGACAAAUACAGCAGAAAAGACAUUUUCACUGGAAGUUCAGAAUCUGAAUGUGAAAGACACUGCCACGUAUUAUUGUAAAGCUUGGUACCAUACAACCCACAGUGAUUUGACUCAGCCACCCGCCAUACCAAAACGCUCUCUGCAGAUUAUCACAGAACUAAAUCAAAUUCCGAAGCCCAUUCGCCCUGAACAUCCCAUAUUUAC